AAAACAAAUGUAACUUGAUGAGUUAAGAGUGGAACUACGUACCCUCAGCAUCAUUUAUCUUCCGUCCCCCCACCGCUUUUCUCAGGGAUAUCCUAACUUGUGUAAAGAUUGGGCCUCUCGAAUUACUCGAGGGGUUACGUCUGUGAUUGACCCUCUAUACACCAUUUUGAGACAGUCUCAGUUUUCAUGCAUGAUGUGAAACAGGCCCGCCAAGAUCCAGCUUAAUCGUCACGCAAUUUCUAUCAGUUUUUCUUCUUUCUCAUUUGUUCAUCUCAUGUGAAGUUCAUUCUUGUAUCGAGCUCAUUGGGAAAAGGUUCCAAGACAAUGGCUAUUCUCAGGAUGCUUCUGACCAACCUGGGCUUGGACAUUGAGCCUGUGCUUGGUCGAUAUUCAUUCUUGCUUCUGGAUCAGACUCCGGAUUUGGUCUGGAUGAGUGUGAUCUUUUGCAUCAUCAUGUUGUUCACAACUUACAUAUUCGGUAAAAGGAGCCAAGCGGUAAUCCAAGAACAAUUCAAAAAGACUUCCAACAUAACAGAUUAUUCCAACUAUCUGGAUGAAGUUGAGAAUUCAGAGGACUUGAGUCUGGCUCAACAGAAUAUGAUCAGUAGGCUAAAAAUUGCUCGUCAAAAAGCCAUGAACAAGUCUAUUGAAGAGAAACUCUCUCCCGAGGAGAGACUACAAGAAAAGAGAAUUGAAAACGAACAAAUGGAGAAGAUCCUUUCCUUACUGAAAGAAAACGAAGGCAUGUCCAUGGAUGAUCUCAAGGACCAGAUGUCGAUGUACAAGACGGAUUAGCCCAUAUCAAAAGUCUACAAUCCAGUUUGUUGAGAGCGUUGAUUCCAUACCUACCUUCGUAAUGCAUGCUUUCACCAUCGCAGUCAUUUUGUGAUGCGUUCAGGAGUGGUCGCUAAAAUUGGAUAUCCUUACUACACCGUAUGUAUGUUUGAUCAAUUCUCGGUUCUUUGAAAUACAAUGUUCAGCGUAGGUUCCGAGA